CUCUGCUUUACCCCUUCAGUUUGGUAUCGCCUAGCAAGAGGAUAACAAACAUGGCAGCCGCCAUCAGAACAAAAUUUCCCGUGUUGAGGAGGUUUUCGCAAGUGAUAUUCGCUAGCUUUAGUUCGGUCAGCAGUAAGAAAUGUUUGCACGGUUUUCUUAGUCCAUUUACCUGCCCUUCUUGUCAACAAAAUCGUCUGUUCCGGACGAGCAAUGGUCCCCUAAGACAUGGAGAUUAUGAGUAUCAAGACCCAAAGUCGGAGGAUGAGAUAGUCAACAUUACCUAUGUUCAAAAAGAUGGAGAAAGAAUCCCGAUUCGGGGCAAGGUCGGAGACAAUGUGAUGUACCUUGCACACAGAUAUGAUAUCCCCAUAGAAGGAGCUUGUGAAGCGUCGCUGGCCUGCUGCACGUGUCAUGUUUACGUACAUGACGACUACUCAGACAGGAUUCAGGAGGCAACAGAAGAGGAAGAAGACAUGUUAGACAUGGCGCCAUUCUUAAAAGAAAGUUCCCGCCUCAGCUGUCAGAUCACGCUCAGUAAGGAUCUGGACGGGAUAGAAGUCACCCUACCUCAGGCCACCAGGAACUUCUAUGUGGAUGGACAUGUACCUGAACCUCAUUAACAUCUUUAGUAACCUAUGGAACUGUUCUCUUAGCUACUCCCCUGUGGUGUAGCCAAAAAAUAAGUCCAACCCGAGUUAGGAAGUCAACCCACUAAAUGAUGGCCUUUUGUCCCAAUUAUUAUUUGCAUAUUGCACGUCAACAUGCUAUCACUUUGACAGAGUCGUAUAAGGUCGGGUUAGCACAUAUAUAAGGAUUGUAUCCCGUCUUUUGUUACCAAAUGUUCCGUUGAAAAAGAUGCUGUUUGUAAUGUAUUUGUGAUGCAAAUACUUAAGUUUCAAAGUUGACCAAUCAUCCAACAAAAACCAUGAUGAAUUCUAUUGUAAAUACAAUUGAACUCUUCGACAUACCUGAUAUUGCAGGUAUAAUACAUUGCAAUUGAUGUACCACUGGUGUCCAGUUGUUUUUGAUAGUAGAUUAUUGAUAAAUACAAACAAUUCAACAGCCAGGCGGAUCGCCUAAAGUGUCGGGUACGCACAUUCUGAGAAUUGUAACCCCGUUCAGCUCACCUCGAAAACAGACACAUAGUCUACCAUACCUUACAUACCUAGCUAGUCCCUUGACCUCCAGGUCAUUGGAGGGACAAGGUAGCCUGUUAGUGUUACUGCAUGGUAUUUGUUACAUUCAAGAGUAUACCAUGCUACUUUAUAUCUACACAUGAACAUAUCACAUUUAAACCAUUCACCUGGAAAGGAGACCUGGUGCAUCUCCGUCUUGUAAUCAGCCAGCUGAAGGGUAUGUCAACCCGUAUGGGGUGGUAUUACCCUAUCGUGUACACACAUUGACCAGUGAUGAUCAUCAUGUGCAGAUGAUGUUUGGCCAAAUAUGUUGAUGAUCACAGUUGAAUUACACAGAAUCAGUUGUAUGUUUAGUUUGAAAAUCAACCCUUAAACAUGUAUGAAGCAUGUCAACUCACAAACGGCAGAAUGGUUGCUGCCUUAGAGGUUGCUGUCUUGAACAUCCUAUAGAGCUUGCAGACUUGUGUAAAGUAUUUUCUGUUGAGUAACUGGCUUUUCAUACAUGUACAUGUGUUACCAAAGUGAUCACAUAGUUGAAUGUAU